GGAGAGUAUAAUAUAGCUUUGUCUUCACAUUUUGUCAUGUUCCCCAAAUUUGUGCAGAGUAUUCACGAGACCUUAUACGCCAAGACUAACUAAAUUAAUUAGGACAAUUUUGGUUGUAACGCAAUGGUUCGUCUUCUCAACAUGCAACUAGGAAGAGUACGAGACCACCUAUCAUUUGUCGAAUUUCCUUUUCAAACAUAUUUUUAUUACAAUGAGAAAAAUAGUUUACACAAACAAAGUCUCGUCUAUAUUUUUGCGAUUCACUUAACACACGGCAUCAAACUUUCUUGGUUACUAAGCGAUCCUUUGAUAUUUCACAUUCCUAUUCGACCACUAAUUUGUUCAAGACUCGAAUAAUUCUUUAUCAACAAAAAGAAGAAUAACAAUAAAUGUGUAAUUUCUUUAGACUUGGUAUUAGCCUACGUAGGGGAAUUAAAGAAAGAAAGAAAAAAAAGGAUACUUAGAGUAAACACAAAUUAUCUGAAAGAAUUUCAUGGACAAGUGUGAAGUUAUCACUUUAAGAAGACAAUGAAGGAGAUCAUAGGAUCCAGGGACUAAAGAUUAUGUCUCCUUCUAAUUAAUCCCUAAGUACUAUUAUCAUACAAAUUUAAAGUCAUGAAAACCUGAGUGUUGAAGCUGAUGAACGAGUCAAGGUCGGAAAACACGAUAAGAACAUGGAGCAUAUACAAAACCAAGGAUGCGUCAGGGCCAUCGAUGAAUGCGAUUUGGUUUGGGUUUGUGGCGACUGCAAUAUUGAUUUUAAUGUUCAUCAUAUUGGCAAUCCUGGAACAUCUCUUCAGGUCCGAUCAUUCUUCUUCUUACGAUGGCUCUGCUCAGUUUCAGAAACAUGCUGAAAAAUCUUCUAUGGUUCCGGUUAGUACGUCAGAUGUGUCCGUGGUGAUGCCAGGAGAAAAGCUGCCGUCGUACAUAGCUCUUCCGAGGCCAUUUCCUUGCCGGAGAGAAGGCAUUCGCUGGCCUCCCCACUAUGAAGGAGAAUCAAAAGCCCAGCUUUGAAACAGAGGCUUUCAAACCAAAGACUGUGGAUCAGCCAAGGCCCAACAACAAUCAAUCAAAGAAGCCCACCGAGACUGCAACUCUGCAACGGUCGAAUGCAAAAGAUAAGAAGGAGGAACCUUCGAGUAUCCACGUCACACCUGAAGACAAAGAAGCAAGCUGGCGUACAGACUCAAAGGUUGAAACGAAGAACGCCUUUAAUGCUCUCAGCUCCCUACCUGAUGAUGACAAGUGUUAGGGAGACUAGGUUUAGCAUUUGUGUCAGUCUCUGUAUAAAUAAAAAUGUUGAGACUCAUUGUAACCUUAAGAGAGUAUAAAGAUUAAUAAGAAAUAUCUUUCUUCA